UUUCUCUUUUUCUUCCACCUAGUUUUUUUUUUUUAAAGCAUGGAUAAUGAUAUACUCAUAAAGGCUAUUGCAGCUAUUUCUGUUCUUAUUGUGGCAACAUUGAUUGCACUGACUGUGUAUACCAAAAAACAAAGCAAAAACACCAUCUUAUUGUUGGGUAUUAGUGAUGCAGGCAAAACAGCCAUGUAUAUAUUGCUUAAGAAUGGAAAGAAGCAUCCCACUGUUUCUUCCAUGAAAGAAAAUGAAGGACAGAUUACCAUCAACAAUAAAGUCUUUGAUCUUGUCGAUGUGCCAGGUCAUGAUCGUGUCCGUUACAGAUAUGUUGACUUUUUACCAGUGACACGCUCUAUUGUGUUUUUGGUGGAUAGUACCAGCAUCACUCGACACAUUCGCCCUGUCGCUGAAUAUCUCUAUGACAUUUUGGCCAAACCUGAUGUACAAAAGCAACGUAUGCCUAUCUUGAUUGCCUGCAACAAAUCAGACAUGAUUACUGCAUUACCUACCGAGAAAAUCAAGGCUUUAUUGGAAACUGAAAUUCAUCGUCUGCGUGCUACUCGUACUGCCCGUGUUGAACAACAAGAGAGUGAUGAACAAGAAGCUUAUUUAGGCUAUGAAGGUGAAGAUUUCAAGUUUGAUCAUAUCGAUAACCCAAUUGACUUUGAGGCGUGCUCUGUUGAACAUCAACAGAUGGAUCAUAUUAAAAACUGGAUUGCCCAAUCAUAAUAAACAGACGCUCUAUGCGUGUAUUUGAGCGCCGGUAGAAUCCAGCUCAGUAACACGUUUCCCCUCCUC